AUGUCCCUCAAUUCAGUAAACAGCGGCCUAAACAAAGGCCUACCCACCGACACCGUCACCAAAACCGCCUCAGGGACAGUCAACCAAACCACGCAAAACCUCAACAACACCACUGAAAAAGUCACCGACCAAACCAUCCCAGGCGAGUUUCCCUCCGACGACGCCAAAUAUGACAAACCACCACCGGACAUCUCCUUCUCUUCCAUCUGGUCCGCCUUCAAAACAUGGCUCUUCUCCUUCUUUCCCAACAUCCUCGACCGCUUCGAGAACUGGAUCAAGGGCCUCAUCGCCUGGAUCCUCCCUCCUCCACGACAAGCCAAAAUGUACGAAGCGAUUCUAAAACGGCCUAUCGCGUCCUCGUUCAUCAUCUGUCAGCUCGUCUGCUGUGGGGUCCCGCUGCUGGUGUUCCUGGCGGGUGUGUUUCUCUUUGCAGCUGUUGCGGUGUUGCUUUGGGCAGUGCUCUCGUUGCUCCUGGCGGGGCCGAUUCUAUUGGUUGCGAGUAUGAUGGGGGUGUCGCUCUGGGGCUGGGGGUGGGUGUUGUAUGGGUUGGUGAGGUUUAUUGAUCAGCAUUUCCUGGGGGGAACCAUCACCAGGUUUUGGUUGGCGAAUAGGCAGGAUGAGGGGGAUGAGUCGGGGCCCGAGGGCGAGAAGGAGGAGAACAAGGCGAAGGAUGAGAAGAGUGAGAAACCGAGGAAACCGAAGAAAUUGGAAGUGAAGAAGGAUACUUGA